AUGGUGCUGCUGCGUGGAAAGAGCGUUACUUGGGGGAUCACAGUUGCUUGUGGUGCAGGUUUCUUCCUCUUCGGUUAUGACCAAGGUGUAUUUGGUGGUAUCCUCAACAAUGAAGACUUCCUUGCUACGUUCAACAAUCCGAAUUCCACAAUCCAAGCCCAAAUCACGUCCACUUAUUACCUUGGCGCGGUCUUCGGCGCUCUCUGCUCACGAUUCAUUGGCGACCGAAUCGGACGUCGUCGCGCGAUCGUUCUGGGAUGUAUUUUUCUGACAAUUGGCGGCGCAUUGCAAGCUUCUGCAAGUACGCUUGCUCAUAUGAUUGUCGGUCGCAUCGUUGGAGGAUUCGGAACUGGUCUGAACACCACUGCUAUUCCCAUGUGGCAGGUUGAAACUUCGAAACAACAUAAUCGAGGAAGACUAGUUAUCAUGGAACUGGUACUUAACAUCUUUGGUAUUGCCGUCACAAGUUGGAUGAAUUAUGGCUUUACCUACCUUCCUCACAACUCUGUCUCGUGGAGAUUUCCUCUGGGCUUUCAAUCUUUCUGCUCUAUUGUGACAUUGCUCUUGACUUUGAUUAUGCCAGAAUCACCUCGUUGGUUGGUGCUUAGGGGCCGCCUAGAUGAAGCGCAAGAUAUUCUUGCUCGUCUGGCCAAUAAAGAUCCCUCUGAUCCGGAAAUUACGGAAUCAUUGCAGGUUCUCGUGAACACCGUUCAUCAUGAGCAAGAGGCUGAAACUGCCUCUUUUCGUGAUCUCUUGAAGAAUGAUCGCUCACAAACUUUGCGACGUAUCUGUCUAGGCGCUGGGCUUGCUCUGAUGCAGCAAGCUUGUGGUGUUAAUAUCAUUGCAAAUUAUCUACCCGUUGUGCUCACUCGAUCCCUCGGCUUCACUGAUCGGAUGGCACUGAUUAUCUCGGCAGUUUACUCCCAUGCGUUAACUUUAUGGGCAACUACUUCCAUGCUAGCGAUUGAUUCAGUUGGCCGACGUCCGUUGCUGCUUAUAGGCGCUGCUGGACAAGGAAUUGCCUUCAUAUUGAUAGCUGUUGGUAUUCGGCUUGGAACACAUUCGACUUCCAUCCUGAGCGUGGUGUUCAUAUUUGUCUAUAACUUCUUCUUUGGUAUAAGCUAUCUUCAUAUCCCUUGGCUUUACCCUGCGGAGAUCAAUUCUCAGUCGAUGCGCAAUGUUGGAACGUCGAUAUCUACCACGACAAACUGGCUAUUCGUAUACGUGGUCGUUAUGGUGACACCGAUUGGCAUGGAUAAUCUUGGUUGGAGCUUCUAUUUAAUGUUUGGUAUCUUCAACAUUGCCUUCCUUCCAUUUAUUUGGCUCUUUUAUGUCGAAACUGCACGUUUGUCUCUUGAACAGAUCGAUCGAGUGUUUGAGAUUCAAUUUGAAGGAGGUAAGGGUAUGACUUUCAAAGCUGCACGAGAGCAGGUCCUCUUCGAAGCCGAGAUAGCUGGUGAAGGUGGAAAGGGAUUUGUUGUGAACACGAUGGAUGCCAAAUGUUCCGUUAAGCACAUGGAGGAGUUAUAG